UAGGCAAGAAUUGCAAGAAAUAUAUUCUGGGCUGAGUAAAUAAGACUCCAGGCCUACUAAAGGGAGGUUAUCUCAAAUAUCAAUAAUGGAAAGGGAGUGGAGCGGUUUCCUUUCAGGGAAGUAGAACUAGAUGGGAAUUAUAAGUGGCUAUUGUUAUGUGAUUUUGAAAUAAUAUUGAAAUCACGUAAUACUAUUGUCUUUAAUUUCUCAUACAAAUAAACUCAAAUUUAAAAACAAGUUAAUUCUGAAAUGAUCCAAGUACAUGCGCAAAUGAGGUAAAACAAGCAAUGAUGUCAUUUUGAUGAAUUUUCUGGUAAGGGAGACGGGAUAGUUGUCACACUCUUUAAUGCAGUGAAUAUUUUCCUCAAAGUAAGUGUCUUUUUGAAUAUCAAUAAUUCUCCAUUUUUGCCCAGGGGUGAAAAAACACAAUUUAAAGCCCAUAUUAUCCUUUUGGACAUUUUAAUACAAUAAAAUAAAAAAUAAACAAUUCAAGGUAGCAUACUACAUAAUAUUGAUUAAAUAAAAUUGCAUAUAUUUUAAAAUACCACAUAUAAAACUAAUGAUUACACUGAGUUGUUGCAGUAAAGAUGAAAAAGAGCAGGAUCUAUGCACAGUGAUCUUUAUUUAAUAUUAUACAAACUCAGAAUAACAAAAAUAUAAAAAAUCUCAAAAUACGAAUGGAACAACCAUCAAACGUUGAUGAGAACAGAACAAAGAAUGACUGAAAACAAGCUCUCUAUCAAGGUUAACAAGAAACAGGCUUAUAUUUGGUACCCUUUACCCAGCAUACUCCUCAUAUAAAGCUGUUAAAUCAAAAGAUGUGAGAGAAUAUGUGAAAUGGAUGAUGUACUGGAUAAUAUUUGCACUUUUUACUACAGUAGAAGUGAUUACUGAUAUCUUUUUGUGCUGGCUCCCAUUCUACUAUGAGCUCAAAAUUGCCUUUGUCGUGUGGUUACUUUCCCCGUACACAAAGGGAUCCAGUGUCCUAUAUAGAAAAUUUGUCCAUCCUACACUGUCCUCUAAGGAGAAGGACAUUGAUGAAUACCUUUGCCAAGCAAAAGAUAAAAGCUACGACACCCUGGUGCAUUUUGGAAGGAAAGGCCUGAAUGUGGCAGCUACAGCUGCAGUAAUGGCUGCCACCAAGGGCCAGGGCGUUCUCUCCGAGCGACUUCGCAGUUUCAGCAUGCAGGACCUGUCAUCUUUCCAGGCAGAGGGCCAGGCAAAGAAUGCAAGUUCUGUAACCACUCAACCUGCAGCCGCACAGCACAGGACACGCACCAUGAUGCGCAGCAAAUCAGAGACUGGUUACAGCAAGGGCCAUGAUUUUGACAUGACCGAAUAUGAGAUGUUCAACUUGGAGCAAUAUGCGUCUAAGGAGCCUCCUGGCCCGCUGACUCCCACACCCACCCCGACCCCAUCUCAGCCCACUGUGCCUCAACCUGAGCCCACAACUCCACUGCUUUCCUCCCCUGAGUCCUUCCAGGAUAAUUCCGCAUCCACACCUGUAGCCUCAGAGGAGCCUCAGGAUAAGGAGGAAUUUGCCUCAUCUGCUUCACUCCAAUUCAGAUUUAAGAGGCGUGCCCCUGAGCCUCCUCCUAGAUCCCUAAGACCUGUCACCCGAUCCAGAUCAAAGAACGCCCUCUCUUCAGACACUGAAGCCAUGUGACUGUGCAUAUGCUGCGGGAGCGCUUUAGCUGUCUAACCUGCAACAUGAGGAGACACAAGAGAAGGCAAAGAAAAAAAAAAAAGGAAUGCAGCCAAAAUGUUCAAAUAUUCAAAAGCAGCCUUGCUCUGUAAUGAGGUAACCAAAGCGAUGUGCAACCUUUCGCUUCUGAUCUUUGACACUCAAGGGGGAGGGUAUCCAUUUAGGCAACACAUUUGUGUACAUAUUGCUGCUCUGAGACUCUUUUGAGGUUGUUAAACUUGUUUUGUACAUAUUUAUGAUAUGUUUGAGUGUAGAUUGUUUGAUUUCUUGGUAUGAUUUUGGGAGAAACAAAUGCAUGCAUGUCCCUCUGGUUUUAUGUCUCGAGUCACCCAACCAUAAUCCACUUAUUGUUUAUGGGCAUACUUUAUUUUUGGGGGGCUACGCCCAUUUGGGUCACCCGACGCCCCCUGGGUAGCAAGAUGUUUCCAAACCAGUCUUUCUUAGAACAAUAGUUAUUAGCAAAAAUGUACUGCACUGAUAUGAUUGGUGUGUUUGACAAACGUAACAUUUAUUUAAUCGUUUAUGUAUAAACAAAUGCAAAUGUUCUUCUGAAGAGAGGGACUUUUUAAAACAAACUCAUAGUUGAACCAAAUUAAGGUAUUGAUUGCCAAUGCCUGACAUGAUUUAUGAUUUAAAAUAGAUGGACAAAGUGCAAUGGAUUUUACAGUUCUGCUAAACUAUCAAUAGUUCAGCCAUAACUUCAUUAUAUAUUUAGUGCAUAUAUAAAAAUGCACUAAAAAAAGACAGAAAGAGGCAAUUAAAUUGAUACUUGUUUAUCGACAUUCUUAUUUUACUUCAUUACUUUAAUUAUUAUUGGGCAUGUACAGUAUUUUUUAGCAUUUAGAAACCUUUCAAAACAUGGCAUUUUUAAGUCUUUAAACCAAAUCUUUCUGUUUAUUUCUUAAACCUCUUCAGUUGCUUGAUGUUGCAUGUAUCGACAUUGACAAUUUGAAUGUGUCUCACAUCAUUAGCCUCCACUUUCUGAGCGCGUGUUAAAGUGUUAAAGUACCUUAUCAGAGUUGAGCGGGCAUUAGUGGCGAUUUGGUACAACACAAAGCGGGUCCUUCACUCUAUGUAGUAGUUUUACUUUUGUAGCAUUUACGAAUUUAAUCAUAUGUGGGAGAUAGAAAUGUCUGAAAACACUGUGCAAUUACACUAGCAUGUAUCACAGAGAAACUCACAGUUUGGUGUUGUUAUCGUUCCUGAUCACAGUCGAGUGUAUUUGAGUCACUGUAAAUCUCUAUGUCAUGGAGAGGGCAGCAGUGUAUCAACUCUCGAAAGCAUUUCACUAUGGAAAGGGUUUCACUAUGUGUUUUAUACUGUGAAAAUGAUGACAAUCCUAAUCUCAUAUACAUGCUUUAUCAGAUUAAAGGUUCUAAGUAUUUGAUAUCUUGUAGCUGUUCAAAUGGUUAUAUCAAACGUCACUGAAAAAAAAAAUCUGCCUCAGGAACAGUUUUUGUCAUUUUAUCACAAUUUUAUUUACACUUGUGAAAUUAUCUACAGUGUGAACUAAGAAAAAAAUCAUUGGAAUAGUGAUAAUCUGGUUGGCGUUCUUUUUGUUGCCUUGUGUUUCCAGUUUUAACAGCAAGAUCAAAAUGCAGCAUUUUUUUCUCUAUGGGUAUGAUUUUAAAGUGCUCUGUGGAACCAUCUUUGGCCUUUUAUAAAUAUAAAAACUGUUGCUUCUUAAAAUAUUCAGGUCAUUAAAGGCACAAACUUUGAAAUUUCUUACCAUAUGAAGAGCAGUGUAGUUGCUGAUUUUGGUCUUCUAUUACUCAGUAGGAGAAUAUAUAGAACAGCUAUUUAUGAAGCAGUGUUAUUUCAUUGAAUAAUUUUCGUCAUAAUUUUCUUCAACGACAUUUAUUCACUGACAAAAAUGAUGACGAGAUGAUGAUGACUAAAUAAAAAACAGUUUUGAAUGACAAAAACUAUGAAGAAAAUCAAAUAAACAAAGAGAUGAAAAUGUCAGGGAGGGACAAUGUGGGAAGAUAUCCUGUCAGACUCAAAAGAACGGAUGCGCUGCAUGGUAGACGCGCACAUUUGAAUUGUAACGUGUCCGAUCUACCCGGCAGAAAUUAAGUUAGCAUACGCUAGCUGCAUGUCUCAAACGUUUAAAAAUGUAAACGUCCGGGAGAAAGAGCAGUGCAGACAUAUGAAUAUAUCUGAAAAACUCAAUUCAGUCCAAGAAAGCCACAGAAAGCCACCUCAAACAGCACGCGAGUACUGAAUUGAGUUCUCUUUCGUGUCUUUUCGCAUUUGAAUGGACAAAUACACACAAAACUGUCAAAAUAUCUGUUUUGGCGAGUAUUCACGUAAACACAGUCGGUUAUGUCUUAAGUGAACAUAAUAUGAUAAUAUGAACGUAAUAUGAUAAUAUGAAUUUAAACGAUUUUCCCCUAAAGGGACAUGGGGUGGGGGGGGGGGGAUGAGAUGGGAGGAAAAAUUAUAUAUCAAUGCUUUCGUGUUCUCUCACAAAUGUUCCCCCAGGUAAUUUUGCGUUCGCUUGCAAAAUGUUUGCUUUCCCCCGAGAAACAUUGCCUUCGCUCUCAAAAUGUUUGUGUUUGCUCGUAAAACUUUCUUGGGGAAACGUUAAACUUUUGCGAGAUAACUCAAAUGCAUUGUAAUUUUUUUACCCUCCCAUCUCGUAUUUUUUUCAUCACCAUGUCCCUUUAGGAGCUCCAUACUACGUCAACAAAAUGAUGUUAAAAAUAUGAAUCUCGUCGACUACUCUCUGCAUCUGCAGUUUUCAAGUAUGAAAGUGAGACAUUACACAUUCGUGCUUUAUCAUGUCAGACAAAGAUAUUUUUAAUUGCAGGGACUUAAGAAGAGGCUGUGCCUUUAAAGACUAUUAAAGUCCUGGCUGUCUGUUAAAACCCAUUUGAAGCUGAAAUAAUAUCAUGUAUUUUUGAGUUGUUUGUGCCAGGUUGUUCAGAGUAGGAGUCAAAAUGUCUUCACUAUCCUCUUAAAAACAUAAUAGCUUGCAGCAUCUCCAUAUUCCACAGCUGUCAUGUCUGGCAGGCCAGAAUAUACUGUAUGUCAUUGUUCAAGUCCUUUAUUGAAUAAAUCUUGAGUGAAAAAGACAGAAGUUGAUGUAAAAAGAGUAAAAUCUCUGUUUAAAAAAAACUUCAAAAUGUAUUGGAAUUCAGAAAUUAAAAGGUGAAUGUGAAA